AUGUCUUCGGCGCCAAACGCAUCUUUCGGUUUCCAAAAGGUCGAUUUCAAAACUCACCUUGGUAUCAAUCUCGUAGGCAACCUGCGUCAACCGACUGGCUUCGAUAAAGCCAUGAAAUACUCGGCAAUCGUCACUGUGGCUCCUGCCGGAGGUGCCAAAGAGCAGACAUCUGGACUCUAUGCACGGAAGCUCGCAGAUGAAGGCUUCGUUACGAUUGCCUUUAAUGCCUCUUUUCAGGGAGAGAGUGGAGGAGAGCCUAGAAACCAGGAGAACACCAUCGCACGUGUCGAAGACAUCCGUGGCGCGGUGGACUUCCUCGUGAGCCUUCCUUACGUGGACGAUAACAAAAUUGGCGUCUUGGGAAUCUGCGCUGGCGGCGGUUACGCUACCAGCGCCGCCAUGACAGAGAGACGCAUCAAGGCCGUUGGAGUCUCGGUUCCUGUCAACGGAGGCCGGGAGAACAGGGCGGGUGGACAGAUUGCGACCAUUUCUGCCCUCGAUCAGAUCGCCCAGCUCAGGUCUGCAGAGGCUCGCGGAGGAGACCCGACUAUUGCGGAGUGGAUGCCCGACAGUUAUCAGAACGCCACCGACAUUGAUCACCGAGAGGGUUACGAGUACUAUCGUACGUCAAGGAAUCCGCAUCCGGGAUGGCAGAACAUGGUGCGAUUCUCGACCAUGGACGCCGUCUACGGCUUCGACGCCUUCUAUCUCGCAGAUGUGCUUUUGACCCAGCCUCUGCAAGUCGUCGUCGGUGGCAAGUUGGGUGCUUUUGGAUCCAACCCGGACGGUCACGCUUUAUACAACGCCGCUGCUUCGACUCAAAAGGAUAUCUUGGUAAUGGACGGCGCUUCCCACUUUGACUUAUACGACAACCCCGAGUAUGUCGACCCCGCCGUAGCUAAAUUCUCCGAGUUUUUCAGGGCCAACCUAGCUUGA